AUGUCAUCAGAGCUGUACAAAAUCUCCCCUGCCAGUCUGAAGUACCUCGAGACCCCAGAACUAUGGAAGAUAAUUGAGUCAGACGGUGAGCUCGCGCCUCAUGCCAAAGACAUUGUGCAGAAACGCUUCAUUGACAACAACAUCUAUACCGUCCCAAGCGCCAAAGCCUUCAAGAAACUAACCGACCACUCAUCGGACCCCAUCGCUGACAUUAUCAGGUACGACCGCGUCAGGACCCUCAAGAGCCUAGUCGACGCCGGCCUCAGCCUACAGCACUACAGCCGCAGCGGCUGGAAGCUCCUCGGCCUGGCUCUGGCCUCCAAAGCCGAACGCAUCUCGCUGUACCUCAUCGACACUUCCUCUUCUGAGGGCCUUUGCGGGCGCAUAGGCGCCACCAACGACUGCGAAGACGGCACCUUCCUCUCUCUCGCCGCGAUCUGGAACGCGUCGAUCUUUCAACAUUUGUGGGACCGCGUUCGACACCUCCCCAGCAAGCAGCGGAGAUUGUCUGACGACGCGGUGUACGCGCUAUGCAAAUUCUGCGACGCCCGUCUGGCGGAGCUUUUGAUGGCUGAUGGGGUUGACUCGCUGCAGUGUGCUACCGAUCUGGAGUUUCUGAAGUGGAUUGCUGUUCGAUCGCCGGGGACUAUCAAUGAGAGGACAGUGGAUGGUACGACACCCCUCAUGAAGGCUGCGGCUUUCAAUCGUUUUCUGGAAGUUGGUGUCUUUCUUCUCUCGCGUGGUGCUGAUCCAGCGCUGGUCAACAAUGCGGGUGAGACUGCAGCUAGUCUGGCACGGCAGCAUGGUAACCAGGCUUUGGUUGAUUUGCUUACGAACGAAGAGUAG